AUGGCGGGCUCCGGUGAGUCUACCACCACACACACCAACAACAACCCCUCUCCGACAACGACGACUGCCGCCACCGCCGAUACGGAGGCAACCCAAAAGUUACCGAAUGGCACGCAUGCACCAGAUGCAACUACACCACAGCAACCGACAACGACUACGGCCAUGACAAGCGAACAGCCCGAAUUUGAUGACUUUGGCCUACCCAUCAGACGAUAUAUACCACCACCACCCGAAGAGACCGAUCAGACGACCGACCCUAAACCCGACCUGCAGCAGCCAGUGACCGAGCCACCACGAGACGGAAGGAAAGUGGAUGAUGCCAAGGAGACGAAGGCGGCCGAAGAUGGAGCGGCAGGUGGCAAUGACGCCGAGUCAGAAAGCGACGAUGAUUUCAAAGAUGCGCAGUCUGAGCAGCCUGCUACCGCCGCGGUCUCGGGAGCCAACUCGAACAUCCCAUCGACCCCUGUGACUUCGAACUUGGACAAGGACGAAACCAAAGACAAGUCUAUGCCGACAAGUAGAAGCAAAGGCGAAAACAGCGACCGGAAUGCCCCGAAUAAUGGCGGAAAGAAGAAAGAGGCGGCGGACCAACCGCCAGAGGCACCCGCCGAGGAGCACAAGGCAGAUCAGCAGUCACCGGUGGAAGACGAGCCCACGGAAGAGGACGCGGUGAAAGACAAGACCAUCCCGGUCAGCAAAGUGGCAACCCAGACAGAUGCAACGGGGCCACAGCGAUCGGCGCCUGCUGCUAAGCUGAACGAGGAGAGACCAGACUCUCCUGUGAAGCUGGUCGACAAGGCGGACGAGCCAGGACCCAGGAAAGCUGAGCCAACUUCUCCAAAAGGCCAUCAUCAGAGAGACACGAGCACCGCUAGUAACGCGGCCAUGUCCGAAUUCUCGCAUCAACAGCUGACGUCAGAUAAAAAGGAAGAGGAAAACAAGGAGGAUGCUGAUUGGCAAACGAUGCCAGCAUAUGCUCCCUAUGACAUUUACGACGAUGACAACAGAUUGGUCGCAAAAGAGUAUACCGCCGAAGAAGAGGACCAAACAUACGGUUAUGGUGGUCUCGGAGGCGCAGGGAAAGGAUAUACCCGAGUCAUCAUGGACGACGACGCCGAAUCGGCAACGAGCAUGGACGACAAUACCCAGUACCUCUUCAAAGAAGUCAAGGGUACGAGCAUUGGCGAAGAUGACAGUGAGGCACGUGAUGCCGUUUCCCAGAUGCAGGCAACCAAGGACCUGCUCACCGAAGGGCAGAGAGUCGCCUACGUGGGACUUACGAGAUUGGAGAUCCACAACAUGGUUAAGGAGGCCGAGAGUGUCGAACACACAAGGUCUACAAAGAAAGAGGUCAACAUGUCCGCUGAAUCAACCAAGAUGUGGGGACAGAAAAUGAUGGUCCGUCUGUACUCUCACAUGGACAUUAGUUCCGCGGAGCAGAUCAUGGUUGAGCAACUGAGCGACCAUGGCGUCGUGCCCUCCGACUUGACGCCAGUUUUAAUGGCUAAUGCAAGGGUACAAAACCCCAUGGCUGAGGAUAACUCCCGGAGCUCGGUUUCUCUAUCGUCGCCCAAGACGCUUCCGCCUCCUUCGCCGGCUCUUUCUGAGAACGAGAAGACCGCCGACGCCCCGCCGCCAUAUGAAACUCAUGAGGGAGAGGAGCUGCCCCCUGUCAAGACUCCCGCCCAGAUGGUCACGUCUGACAAGAUUGACAUCGACCUGCGGUGGACUGUGCUAUGUGAUCUCUUCCUGCUCUUGAUUGCCGAUUCUGUGUACGACUGUCGGUCUAGAAUACUCCUGGAGCGAGUCGGCAAGAGUCUUCAAAUUGAGUGGUUGGACGUCAGGAAAUUCGAAAAAAAGGUGACAGAUGCGUUGGAAAUGCAGCAGGCCGCCGAAAAAGAGAACUGGAAUGAGGAUGAGCAUAUGGAGCAUAGGAGGAAACAAGCUCUUAGGAAACGGUACAUGAUGAUGGGCUUAGCUACAGUCGGCGGCGGACUGGUCAUUGGUUUGUCGGCUGGUCUGCUUGCUCCUGUCAUCGGUGCUGGUUUGGCAGCCGGGUUCACCACCAUUGGAGUGACCGGAACGUCAACCUUUCUAGGGGGAGUCGGCGGAGCUGCGAUCAUCACAUCCAGCGCAGCAGCGUCUGGCGGUGUCAUCGGCGUUCGGGCCGCAAACAGACGAACUGGAGCUGUCAAGACCUUUGAGUACCGACCGCUCCACAACAACAAGCGAGUCCAUCUUGUGGUGACUGUGGCCGGAUGGAUGACGGGCAAGGUGGAUGACGUCCGCUUGCCAUUCAGUACCGUGGAUCCGAUCAUGGGUGACCUUUACUCGGUUUAUUGGGAGCCUGAAAUGUUGAGAAGUAUGGGUGACACCAUCAACAUCCUUGCUACAGAGGCUCUUACCCAAGGUCUUCAGCAAGUCUUGGCAAGCACCAUCUUGACAAGUCUGAUGGCUGCCCUGUCAUUGCCAGUCGUUCUGACGAAGCUGGCGUACUUGAUUGAUAACCCAUGGAGCGUUUCACAGGACAGAGCUUGGGCCGCUGGUCUGAUUCUGGCGGAUUCUUUGAUUGACAGAAACCUGGGAACACGCCCAGUAACGCUUGUUGGAUAUUCACUUGGCUCACGAGUGAUCUUCUCCUGCCUCCUGGAGUUGGCUAGAAAGGGGGCGUAUGGUGUGGUGCAGAACGUCUACCUGUUCGGAUCGCCCCUCAUCAUCAAGAAAGACGAGUACUUGCGAGCACGCACUGUCGUGCCCGGGAGAUUCGUGAAUGGAUACAGCAGCAACGACUGGAUUCUCGCCUACCUUUUCCGACUGACGGGUGGUGGCCCUCGCAAAGUGGCCGGCUUGGCCCCUAUCGAAGACCUCCCUUGGAUUGAGAACUUUGACGUGACAGAGUUCGUCAAGGGUCAUAUGGAGUACCGAAAGGCAAUGCCGCGUCUCCUCCGGGAAUGCGGGUGGCUUGUGGAGAGCGAUGAGUUUAGCGAAAUCGAAGAUCCGGACCCAGAAAACCACCAGGAGCGCCAACGCGAACUUAUCAACGAGAUUGAGGAGGCCCGCAAAGAGCUCGAAAGGGAAGGGCAGAAGAAGAAGAGCAGAUUCUCCAUCUUUGGACGGGGAAAGAAGGCUGAUAAGGAGAAGUGGGAGAUUUACGAAGACUCGGCCAAGGACGGAAGCAAGCCGAACCCAAGGACGGAAGACAAGGAGGGCAACAACCACGGGGUGUUGUUCGAUGUGGAAGCCAUCCGAGCGGAGCUGGCGAAGGAGAAGAACACCUCGGCGCAGGAUGAUCCUGAGGACUUCCAAGUGAAGGAGCUGAAGUCUACGCUUCCGCCAAUGAAGCUUGACUUGAACUCGUCAAACUCAUCGCUGAAUCCGCGGGACGCCCUGCGCGAAACAAAGAGCGCGUACGCCGUGCCGGGUCGUACGUCGUACGAAACGACGGGCUCGUAUUCUUACACGCCGGAACGAACACCGACGUUCCCAUCGAGCCAGACGCUCUCGCCGACGCAGCGAGCCGUGUCGCCAUACCACGCGGCCCCGUCCCCGCUCGAGGAGGAGAUCGAGAUGACGUUCGACACCUCGUUCCACGACCCGCCGCCAGCGCCGCGGCCUCCUCCGAAAGAUGACCCCCGAGCCGGCCGGAGAUGA